AUGAUCUACUUUGAAACGUUCGUAAAGCCCGCCCCGGCCUACAAGCCGGCCUCUUACCAUCCAGAGCCUAAGUACAAUGAGGAGGCCAAGCCUUUCGCUUACGACUACGCCGUCAACGACCACUACUCGGGAGCCAACUUCGCCAAGAAGGAGGAGAGCGAUGGCCACAACACCCAGGGAUAUUACUCGGUCGCUCUGCCCGACGGCCGUGUCCAGCACGUCAAGUACGUCGCCGACAAGUACGGCGGCUACAACGCCGAGGUCACCUACGAGGGAGAGGCCCAGUAUCCCGAGUACCAGCCCGCCCCUGCCUACAAGCACGUCAAGUACGUCGCCGACAAGUACGGCGGCUUCAACGCUGAGGUCACCUACGAGGGAGAGGCCCAGUACCCCGAGCAUCACCCCGCUCCCGCCUACAAGGCUGCUGCUCCGGCCUACAAGUCCUCGACCUCUGCCUACAAGUCCUCCCACAAGACGGCUGCCCCCGAGCUUUAA